UUCCUUCUACAGAACAUGUCUUACUACCCUCCUUAUUCCGGUCCGCCCGGGUACCCCCCGCAGCAUCAGCAACAACAACAGCAGCAAUAUUCAUACCCUCCCCAAGACUACAAUUCCCCGCCCCAAUAUCAGUAAGUCCCGCGAUGUGACUUUGACCUCCCUGCUUACUUCGCGUGCCCGAUUUUUUUUUCUUCCAACCCUUUAUGCGUGUUUUUUGACCCCACCCUUUUUCUUCACAGCUCUAUUUAUCUUCAGUAGACCAACCGCAAUACUGACCUGAAAAUCUACUUGAUCUCUACUUAGGCAAAUGAACCAUCAUCCUCACCAACAGCAGUCGUCGUACGGGGGUGGUGGUGGUGGUGGUGGCUAUCCUGGCCAGGCUUACCGCCAGCAACACCCCCCUCCUAAUAACCCAUACCCAUAUGGUCAACCUCCUACUCAGCCCUAUCCUCCUAAUAAUGGUUAUAACCAACCUCCGUCCGGCUACGCAUCCUCUCCAGCUCCUCCCAACGGCGGCCAGAUGUAUCAUGGACGAACCAAUUCUCAAUACGGAUCGCACGGCGCUCCUCCACCUCCUCCCACCAACCCCGUUUCGUUCGGCCAGGGCGCGCCACAGGGCUACAGCUUCCAGUAUUCGCGCUGUACAGGCAAGAGAAAGGCCUUGAUGAUCGGUAUCAACUAUUUCGGCCAAAAGGGCCAGUUGCGCGGCUGUAUCAAUGAUGUUAAGAACAUGUCUACCUACCUGAACCAGAACUUUGGAUAUGCUCGCGAGGACAUGGUGCUCCUGACAGAUGAUCAGCAAAACCCCAUGAGCCAACCGACGAAAGCGAACAUCCUGCGCGCUAUGCACUGGUUGGUCAAGGACGCGCGACCUAACGACUCCCUCUUUUUCCAUUACUCUGGGCACGGUGGGCAGACACCCGAUCUCGACGGAGACGAAGACGACGGAUAUGAUGAAGUCAUCUACCCGGUCGAUUUCCGUGCUGCAGGCCAUAUUGUUGACGACGAAAUGCACCGGAUCAUGGUGAAGCCGCUCCAGCCAGGCGUACGACUCACUGCUAUCUUCGACUCGUGCCAUUCCGGAUCCGCCUUGGAUUUGCCAUACAUUUACUCCACUCAAGGUAUUCUCAAGGAGCCUAACCUUGCCAAGGAAGCUGGUCAAGGCUUGCUGGGCGUUGUCUCGGCAUAUGCGCGGGGCGAUAUGGGCGGGAUGAUGUCUACUGCCGUGGGAUUCCUGAAGAAGGCUGCCAAGGGCGACGAGGCCUAUGAGCGCACCAAGCAAACCAAAACUAGCCCGGCGGAUGUCAUCAUGUGGUCCGGAAGCAAGGACUCGCAGACCAGCCAAGACGCCCAGAUUGCCGGUCAAGCCACGGGUGCCAUGUCAUGGGCAUUUAUCACUGCCCUACGCAAGAACCCCCAGCAGAGCUACGUGCAGUUGCUGAACAGCAUCCGAGACGAGCUAGCGACCAAGUAUACGCAAAAGCCGCAGCUGAGUUGCAGCCACCCACUGGGUACGUAUCUUGCUCCUGGAUCGUAAUUUAUUGUUCUCUUUUUGUUUUCCCUUUUCUCUCUCUCCUUUUUUUAACUUUCCCCAUCUCUUACAACUGUAUUCUGACGGAUGGUCUUAGAUGUGAACCUACUCUAUGUGAUGUAAUUAAUGGGAAUCUCUGGAUGGGAAAUCGUACAGCUGGUCCUCUGGUUCUUGAACGCAACGGUGUUACUUUUGAAUUCUGUUCUUGCCAUUCUCUUUAAUCCUUCA